UGACCUGGACCUGACCGCAGCUGACGUAUUGACCAGCAGAGAUGGUCUUUGGAACGGUAAAGGUCAAGGAGGAGAGGUUAUAGUCGGUGAAAGAGAAAGGGUUAAAUGUCGCUCCCCACUGUGCAACUCUUUGCAAGCAUCCAAAAGUCAUGAGCAAGUACCAUACAAACUGGCGCCAACUUACUUGAACCAGACAGACCCAGAGCCAUCAAACGAGUUAUCAGUAAGAUCGCUGAGGUACGGCUCCAAGGAGGGAACAGUCACUUACACUACCUCCAGCAGCGACUGUGACGAUGCCAGUCGCGGCUGCACCAUUAUUACAGCGUACAGCAGUGCUGGUUACAUCUGUUACGGGGGAGUUGUUCGCGGGUUGGCGUACAGCAGCCGUGUUCCCAUUGAUCUGGAUGUACUGGAUGGGCUCAUUCUGGUCUAUGCUGCUCUUAUACCAUCUCGCAUCAUACACACCAUGCGCACUCAUUUGGCCAGACAAUAUUCCGAAGGAGGCCCCGUACCCGGGAUCAAACCGAACCUACCUGACCC